UCGAAAUGGUUUGACGCUUUUGCCCUCGCUUCAGAUUUUUUUGCAGCCUCUGCCACCGACCUGGAUAUAUCGAGUCUUUCCCGUUGAUUUCCUCUUUCUUCUACAGUCGUGUACUCAUCUUUAUCAAAUCAAGAACGAUCGAGAAAUAGAGAGAGAGAGAGAUCAAGAAGUCGGGUGCGUUUCUUUGCUUUGCACGAAGAGAUAGAGAGGGAGAUCGGGGGCAAAUCUCUAAAGCACAGCGUCGUCGCCGAGUCAAUCCAAUUGGGUUCCAAAGUUUGAACCUUUAAUCUGUGAUGGCAUCAAAAGGUAUUUCGAGAGGAACAAAGAGAAUAUUAAGAGAGUAUGAUGUUGAAAGUCGUGAUAGUCAAGAAAAGAUUCAACAAAUUUGUACUACUCAAAACUCUGCUGUGAGAAGAACUGAAUCUGAUCAUUUAUGUUUUGGUGGGAAUGAGGAUCGUCCAGUUAACUCAAAGAGGUGGAAAACAUUGUUCCAUGAACAAACUGCUGGUGUUGGAGUUAGUGCAGCAUCAAAUAUUCAUAAUGUGGUUGCAGAAGGUCAAUAUUCGCAUUCAUCUGGUCAAGCAUCAUAUCAAAAGACAAAGCAAGGUUUCAUGUUGCAGAAUUUUUCCAAUUGUUCUAGAAGGAAUAAUGUUCGGGCAAAUUGUUUAACAAGAAAUAACAUUUUGAUUGCAGGAUUGAUUGUAACAUAUCAAGAUUUGGGUGACAAUAUUUAUAUAUGCAAUUAUUGUAAUGCAUAUUUUUGGUCUGAAGAAUCUCUUAAACAACAAUCUGCAAAUGCACAGCCUAUUUAUACAAAUUGUUGCGGAAAAGGAAAAGUCAAACUAGAACGAGCCAAACCUACUCCAAGUUUUCUCAAAAAAUUAUUGGAUCCAAACAAUGGUUUAGAGAGCAGAUUAUUUAGAGAAAAUAUUCGAGUAUAUAAUUCAAUGUUUUCAUUUACAUCAAUGGAGCAACAAUUGAUCAUAAAAUAAAUGCUGGA